AUGCUACGGCUCUUCGAGGCUUUUUCAGAGAGUGCGCCGCAACUGGUCCUCAUGCUCACCAUCAUGCUGCAGCAGGGACAGCUGGAUACUCUGACAGACUGUCAAAUGUCAUCCUCAGUGUUGAAGGCCGUCGGCUCGGCUUCAGCUAUCGCCUUCAGCGUGACCGCGUACCACCGCUCCCUGCGCUCCUUCCUGCCUGAGAAAAAAAAGCAACACCUCGUCUCCUCGCUCAUCUACUUCACCUGGAACCUUCUCUUCAUCUUCUCCCGGCUGUCCGCCAUCGCCCUCUUCGCCUCCGUCCUGCCCUGCUUCAUCUUCACCCACUUCCUUUGCUCCUGGCUGCUCCUAUUCGUCUGCGCCUGGCGCUCCAAGACGGAGUUCAUGGACAGCCCAGGUGGGGAGUUGCUCUACCAGGCCACUGUGGGCCUCAUCUGGUAUUUUAACUGGUUCACUGUGGUGGAAGGAAGGACUAGAUACAAAUUGUUGUUCUAUCACAUCUUCAUCCUGCUUGAUGUGUCCCUAAUGUGUGGUUUGUGGUGCUGGAGGAUGCACACACAACCCCUUUAUUUUAAAAUCCCACUCUUGUAUGCCUGCAUCAUUGCUGUCAGUGUGGUUGCACUUUACAUUUUCGGCCUAAUACUCAAAAGAAUCUAUUACAAGUGCUACCAUCCAAACUUCAACAAAGAGGACCUGAAAGGAGACGCUAGUAGUACUACACAGAAGGCCGACAUGUUCUUAGCCCGUAAUUUGGUGCCGGAGGACAGUGUUCCUCACGUUAGCGAUCAAAGUUGCAUGGGUGAAGAUGUAACGGACAGUGAUCAAAGUUACAUGGGUGAAGAUGUAACGGACGGUGCCGUGGCCCAAGCGGACGCCAAACUUUACAAUAAGAGAAUGAGGAAGCUGGCGGAGAAUUUCUUCUCAUGACGCAUUCACUUGACUUGCACGUGGAUGACCCACACGCACAAUGUAUGAUGUCUGUCACAAGGGAACAGUUCUCUAACCUCAACGUGGACCACUUGACGUUCUGUCUUGUUAUGGUUCCCAUUAUUUUAUUUGUAGCUACCAAUGUUGUUCAUUGGUUCUAUAUGUACAUUGGACAAGCUGUUACGGUGUCAUUGAUAGUCAACAGUGGAGAGCUGCCAACUCAAGACCAUGCAUAGUCUACACUUUAAGGCACGGUACUAAAAUGAUAAGGGCAGACAAUAUGAGUGAAAGUGAAACUAAAGUAUUUGAAUGCAUUGUUUGGUUGAGUUAGGUACAUCUGCACAAUCUAAUAUCUAAUAAACCUGCCUGUACAAAGAUAAUGUUUAGUUUUUUAGUACCAAGUACCCUCAAUGUUCAUACCAACCCCUUAAAAGUACUGAACUCUCUGGUUAUUAAGUAUCAUUACAAUCACCGAUAAUGUAAAUGUUGACAUAUGAACAAUAUAUAUAAUAAACAACAUGUGCCUGCCUACAGAUGCACAAAUAUAGUUACUAAAA